AAAAAUUGCAUGAUAUUUAAAAUUUUAAUGGUCUAAAGGUCUUGGACACAAUGGAGGGACUAGUCUUUAUCCUAGCCGUGCUCAGUCUCUGGGUUGGAUCCUCUUCUGCAGUCGGAUGGCCUUCUGGAACGUACUCAAUGAUAACCCCUAAAUCUGGGUGCCCUUCCGGAUGGAAAUGGGGCUGGCGGUACCAGGAUAAUGAGGACACUGGAAAUGUUAACUCCAUGACCAGUUAUCACCACUUCAAUGGAUUCUUUUUCGAUGACACAAUUCAUUAUUACUGCUCCAAAACCUCGUACUCUGGAUCUGGAUCAUGGCCUCGAGGAAACUACUGCAUCAUGAGAUAUGGCUCUUACUGUCCUUCAGGUUUCAGUUCGGGCAGUAUUUACUGGGAUGACGAAGAUAACGACAAUAUGAAUGGGAAGGGGGGAUAUGUACCCUCCGGGACUUACGGCUCUAAUACACGAAUCAACUACUGUUGCAGGAGUGACGGAAGCGCCUACUCUUACAUUUCACUCCCUACCACGGAUCCGUUCUAUCUGAUGCGUUACACAUCCUCAAUAUGCCAGAGGGUCAGUGGUAUGUCUGUUAGAGAGGAGAUCAUAACAACGGACGAUGAGGACACAGCUAACAAUAACUCAGUGUCUGGAAGUCAUCCCAAGGUUACCGGAACCAGAAACCAUAGUCUCUACUACUGCUACUACAGUUAGUAAGGCAAAUGUGUAAUCUCUUAUUCUGAGUAAAUGAUUAACAGAA